AUGGGCUGCUGUUUUUCAUCGUCCGAGUACUCCGGCCGCCUGAAACCUACAGGCAAUGUCGUGUCGCUCGCCGGCGAGCUCCGCCAGUACCCGCUCCCGGUGACGGCGUCUCAAGUGCUCGAAUUCGAGGCUCUGUCUCCCGAUUCUUUUUUUGUCUGCAGCUCGGACCGGCUCUUCUUCGACGACUACGUCCCCUGCCUGGAUCCGGAGGACGAGCUCGAACCGGCCGAGAUCUACUUCGUCCUGCCGCUUUCCAAGCUCCAGCACCGUCUCUCCGCCGCCGAUGUGGCGGCGUUGGCCGUCAAGGCCAGCGCCGCGAUCAACGCCGCCGAUCCUCGCGGCCGGAGCAAGAAAUCACGGAUCUCGCCUGUUUUGGACUCGCCGUCGAGCAGCCGUCAGCAAAGCCCUAGCGGCGUCGAGAGUCCGGUCCGCGGUCACUGUGUGCCGAGAGGAAAAUCUGGCAAGUCCUCGACUAGACCGGAGUUGGGGGUCUCGAGAUCCGGUUCGGUGAGGAAGUUGCAGAGAUACUCCUCCCGUCGAGCGAAGCUGGCGGUUCGGUCGUUCAGGAUGAAGCUCACCACAAUCAAUGAAGGUUCGGUGUUGCUCAGUUGA